AUGCCGAGUCGAAUCCAGGCAAUCAUCGCGUUGAGCGCGAUCACGCAGCUGCCAGAGAAUGCGGAUGAAGACUGUCCAAUCUGUGCAGAAGAGUACGAAGAUGCAGUCCAAUUACCAUCCAACGACGACGAUCGAGGGCCGACAGGAGACGAGCGGAUUCAGCUGGUGGCGCGGGCGUUCCAGCAUUCGGGCCUGAGUGGUGACCAGUACGAUGAGUAUAGCGAUGAUCUUGCGUUCGAGGUCACCACUAUCCAGAGAGCGGCAGGGGUUGCUUACACCUAUCUCGCAGCAGAUGCUCAUCCACCUCCGACUAGAGACGUGCUGAUUCAUAUGGGUCUCCUGGGACCGCACAUCAUUGCGAUGGCUAACCUGUUGAAGGGAUACGCUCGAGCCGCCGGAUGGCCGUAUAGCGGGUUCCAGAACCGGGACUGGAAGCUCAUCGUUCAACGCCUCAUCGAACUGCUCUUCCACGCGGAUGGCCAGACCAGAAGCGGAGAGGAUGUUGUACGCAUGGCAAGGGAGUACAGGGGCCGUAUCCGGGAGAGCCUGUCCCAGGAUCUAAUCGACAUUCACUCUGGUAGAUUCUUCGAGGCCAAUGCCCGAAUGGACUCGCCGUGUGGUGACUUGGAUGUCCUGCUGGAGUAUGUCGUGGCGCGGUGUGCUAACGACUUCCAGGACCGUCGGCAGCAAUGGGAGGACCUUGCGCAGGACCAGCAGGAGGCGUUGCAGCAGGAGAGUGGUGCCGUCGGAUAUGGCAUGAGAUGGCUGGGCCAGGCCUUCUUUGGCGGCGUAUGA